AUGGGUACCGUAUUUCCGCCGUUGGAAUCGGAGUUGGUGUGUCCGAGCGUGGAUGAGUUUCAUGAGGAGUCGGAUUUGGCGUUGAACUUGAUAGAGGGGUGCCGGUUUGUGUAUUCGCGGAUGUGGCCGGGGAAGAAGUGCGACGUGGCGGUGUCGCAGUCGGUGAAUAUGGGUACAUACAGCAAGGCGUUAGACCAUGCGUCAAUAAUGCAGGUGUUGUUACACCCGGGGAGUUCGGUUCAGCAAGGGGGUCGGAAUGCGGCGACGGCUUUGCGUGUUGGGGCUGCGGACGGGAGUAACGUGAUUGUGAGUUACAACGGCGAGCAGUAUUCACUCAAGGCGACGACCAAAUUACGUCCGCAGUGGACCGCAUCCUGUGCCUGGUUCACCACGACCCCUUUCCGGCCGCUGGUGGCUCUGCCCAGGGUCUGGAGCGCUCGAAACGUGGCGCCGCCGUUUUUUCGGCUGCCUUCCUUGAGGACCAACGGUUCCUUCCUUCCCUGGUUCAGCAGAGGCGCUGACCAAGUCGGUGCUGUGACAGCGGACCCCGUGCCCUACGACCCCGCGGAUGCCUUGGACCAGGCUAUAUUCGACUCCGAAGACUUUGCCAUGGUCGGGAUCAACCACGCCUCGCCCAAGCGGCAUGUCGGCGCCAAACUGACGCUACAGGCCAACAACUCCACCGUGCUCUAUACCGAGUUCGCCGCCAGACUCCGACACAAUCUCUGGGGCUGCGUCGAGUGGGUCGGCCUCGCCGCCUCCGGAGCCGUACUCAUGAACUACGGGCUUAAGUGGAAGCCCAACGACCUACUCACCGUCGCUAACACCGUCUCCACCGGACCCAACUUCGAAAAAACGAUGGAGGAGGGUAUCGGGGAAACCGUCGUCACCAACAAGACCAGCGCCGCCUUCAAAGUCAAUCCCAAUCUCACCCUCGUCGGCGCCGCCAAUGUACAGUUCAACAAACUGCGGUCGUCGCUAUUCCAUAUCGUAAAACACCCCGCCCGUCCUGCAUUCCACACCUACCUUAUUGACCGAGCAUUUCUUCAGGGCUAUGAAUACGUGCUGCCGAAAUCCAGAAUUUGCGCCGAACUCAACAGCCAACUCCAACUCAAGAGCACGGUGCAGACUCUAACCGGCCUAAGCUAUUCCGGUCAAAUUGACUACUUGCAUGACGUCUACAAGUUCGGUUUCGGUUACGAAUUGACGAAGAAGGAUUAG